AUGAAGCGUAAAGUUGGUGCCCUCGAAAAGAUCGAGGCAGAUCAUGCCGCGCUCCGCUACAAGAUCAAGCGCGACCCCCAGAGCUACCGCGACGAUUUCAGCAAUCAGUACCAGCAGUACGAGACGCUGCGCGACCUUUUCCUCCAGAGCCCUGGAACUCUUGACACGGGCAUUGUCGCUUUGCGGGAUCUGGUCGAGUUCGUCUCUCAUGUCGCCGAUUGCUAUCCAGACCUCACCUCCACAUUCCCGGCCGACUUGACCCAAAUCCUGCUGCAGCACCAUGAAGUACUCGAGUACGAACUUCGGGACAAGAUCGUGGGCAGUCUGGUGCUGCUGAAGAACAAGGAUGUUAUCGAUUCUACUGCCCUGCUGAACACGCUCUUCCCCAUUCUCAUCACCACGCCGAGCAAGUCUCUUCGCCAGCUGCUCUUCACCAAGAUCCUCUCCGACCUGCGCUCCGCCAACGUCAAAACGACCAACCACAAGCUGAACCGCACCAUUCAGACUGUGCUAUACAACCUGCUUGAAUCGGACAAGGAGUCACCAAAGGGCAUCUGGGCAGUGAAGAUAACCCGAGAACUCUGGAAGCGGCAGAUAUGGUCAGAUGCUCGCGCUGUCGAGGUCAUGCGAUUGGCAGCAUUGAGCGACAACGAGAAGGUCAUAGCCGGUGGCGUGCGCUUCUUCCUUGGUGGCGACAAGGAGCGAGAAGAUGCGGCAGACGAAAGCAGUGACGAUGACAACGAUGUCGACAUGGCAAAAUUACGGCAUCAGGUUGGCAUUAACAAGAAGUCUAAGAAGAAGGAAAACAAUCUCAGGAAGGCUGCUGUCAACCUGAAGAAAAAAGAAAAGAAGAAGAAUGCGCCGCACCCGCUAAACUUCUCUGCGCUGCAUCUCUUACAUGACCCCCAAGGUUUUGCAGAGACGCUCUUUUCGAAGCACGUUCAGAACUCAAAGUCCAAGCUUUCUCUCGAGACGAAGCUGCUCGUCCUUCAGCUCGUGUCACGUCUCGUUGGUCUCCACAAGCUCACAGUUCUGUCCCUUUACUCGUAUUUUCUCAAGCACCUCACCCCCCGACAAGCCUCCGUAACAAGCUACCUAGCGUGUCUUGCGCAAGCAACACACAACUAUGUCCCACCCGACGUUCUAGAGCCGCUCGUACAGAAGAUUGCAAAUGAAUUCGUCUCUGAAGCCUCAGCGUCUGAAGUCGCAGCAGCGGGUCUGAACGCCAUUCGCGAGAUUUGCGUGCGACAGCCGUUAGCAAUGACCGAUACCUUGCUACAGGAUUUAGUUCAGUACCGCAAAUCCAAAGACAAGGGCACAAUGAUGGCCGCUAAAGGCCUCCUCUCCCUCUACCGCGAAGUCGGCGCCGAACUCUUGCACAAGCGCGACCGUGGCAAAGUCGCCGCAAUAGGUGUCCGCGCUGGCACCAUCAAGGAGCGCCGAUACGGCGAGGAAGCAGUCGGCGAGGUCGAAGGCAUUGAGCUUUUGGAGCAAUGGAAGGAAGAGGAACGCAGGAAAAAGAUGGAAGCUGCGGGCCUAGACCCGGACGUGGACGUUGAUAUUGAAGUAGAUGACGCCGAAGACUGGAAGAAAUGGGAUGUUGAAUCCGACGGAGACAGCGAUGACUCUGGGGGCUGGAUAAACGUUGAAUCUGACGGUGAAGAGAUCGAAAUCAGUGAUAGUGAGGACGAAAAGGACAAGUCGAAAGAACGUCCAGCGAAGAAAGCGAAGCUCAGCAGUGCGACACCGGCACCAACCGAUGCGAACGACGAGAAGGAACCUUCAAAGAGCGCUGAAGCGGAAGCAAAGUCGAUUUCAAAACUCCUCACAACCACCAUCCUCACCCCGGCCGACCUCAAACAACUCCAAGCCCUCCGCUCCAGUUCUGCCAUCACUAGUUCCCUCCCCUCGCACAAACGCGCCCAACUACUCGCAGCCCGCCACGCCGACGAAGCAAUCACCGCCGAGACCAUCGAGUUUGCCGCUUCCAUUGGCAAGAAGAAUUCCAAGGAGGAGAAGGUUAGGAUGGCCAAGGCAGAUAGGGAGACGAAUCACCAAAGCACCACGGCUAAGCGGAAGGAGAAGAAGGAAUCAGAAGGAAAGAGUACCACCAACAAAGAAAAGGCAAGGAAGAAGAAUUUCCUCAUGACGCUAGGCAAGGCGAAGAGUAAGGAUAAGAGGUCCCUGACCCAAGUGAAGAGGACGUUGCAGGGUCAUAUUGAGAGGAAGAAGAGGGGUGGUAAGAGGGGAAACAAGGGUAAUUAA